AUGGCACGAGGGCCAUUUCGCAUCAGAGACGCAACGAUAGAUGAACCCUCCACCGUCCUUCAGACCGUCACCGGCAUCAAAACCUCUCUUGACAAGAUCAAGUCUACUCCAGCGGUCUCCACGCCUGAUUCCUCCACAUCUGGAGACAUUCCCGCCGAGUCCAAGACGGCUACUCUUCCAGUCUGCAAAGAACUCAUCGCGGUGGGUCUUGAGAAUAUCUUGGAGGACAUUCUCGAAAAGCUCUUGGAACUCAGCACUCAGGGUGACGUCGCUGCUGGCAUAGUAUUUCGAUUCUUCGAAGACCAUUGCGACGAUAAGGCGACGAUGGGUGAGUUCGGUCCAAUACUCUGGAAGGCUGUGGACGAGAACCCUGAGUUCAUCUGUGAGUUUACAACUCGCACCAGGAAGAUGGCCAUUGAUUUCUUCACACGUAAAUCACAUGAGGUGUUAGCGGAAGGACUGGUCGAGAAGCUCAGCAACAUGUGA